GUUUCCUUGAUUAUCUGUGGAAAAUUGCAAAAUAUAAACAAGCUUGAAGUUUCAAUUUCGAUCGCUUUCCGAAUAAAACCUAGUUAACAGCAGAAAAACCUUCUAGAAAUUAGAACUUGUGCAGUUAUUCUACAACAUUUUGUCGCAAUCGAUGAUGCCUGGACGCUUGGGGCUCGCGAUCGCUCAGGAAAAUCCUUUGUGGAUAUCGUGGCAUGACUCCAACUGGAUCCCGAUUCUGAACCCCACUAAUGUUAUGGAUUACUUUUCCGAAAAAUCGAAUCCGUUUUACGAUCGGACCUGUAACAACGAAAUCGUCCGGAUGCAGCGCCAAAAUUUAGAUUUAUUAAAUAACAUGACCGGUGUCGAAUACAUUCUAUUGCACGUCCAAGAUCCAAUCCUUUACGUCAUUAGAAAACAGCACAGACAUUCGCCGACGGAGGCCACACCACUUGCGGAUUACUACAUUAUUGCCGGGACUGUCUAUCAAGCACCCGACCUGGCCAACGUAUUCAACUCUAGAAUUCUUUCCACCGUACAUCAUCUGCAAAGUGCAUUUGAAGAAGCCAGCUCGUAUGCAAGAUAUCAUCCUAGCAAAGGAUACUCUUGGGAUUUCUCAUCAAACAAAGCCAUCGCAGAGAAGAAUAAAACAGACAAAUACAAGGAAGCCCCUGCUAAGGAAGAGCCGAGUUCCCUUUUCCAACGGCAACGUGUCGACAUGCUUUUGGGAGAUUUGCUGCGAAAAUUUCCACUUCCGCUGCCACAAAAUCCACAAUCCCAGGGACAUCAGAAUCAGAACGGAACAAUGGUAGGAAACAAUGGAACCGAAGGAGAUCAUGGAUCAGAUGCUUCCAAAAUGGAGCUUGGAAACGAUACUUUGCUUAUGCAAGGAAUCAAGGAGGAAUCCCGUAGCGAUAUGAAACCUCCACCGGAGAAAAAAAUGAAACUUUAAAAAUGAAGUACAAAUACACUUUUCUCCUAAACUUACCUUAUAUAAUAUGCAAUCCUUGGUUUUGAACGAUUUCCUUAACGAAGUAUUCCCUCGGGAAGAAGCCAUGUGUUUAUGCUGCUGUCUAUUAGUAAACUGAUCGUGGUUUAUUGGCAAGGGUUCGAUAUCAUUGCCUUGUGAAUUUAGAAUAGGGUGAAAUAGGGAGCUAUUGAGCUAUCUAUAAUAAAUUUCAACUAACUGACCCAUAAAA